UCACAACAUGGCGGCCUCCAUAUCGGCGCCCGUAGCGAGCAGAUGUGCACAGGUCUAGCUAAUGAAUACCAGUGCGUGAGUUGUGUUGUCAAAAAGGCGCGUGUUGUUUCUGAUCUUCUCUUUCCUUUGGCAUCGAAAUCGGCAAGCAUGAACUCACUCACAACCCUAAAAAUGAAGCUGAAGGAGUUGGAAGACAUCGAGAAGGACGUGGCCACGGCCCUACAGAGUGCUGGCCAGGCUUGCCUGGAACUAAGCCGCGAGAAGCCCAGCAUGAAGCAAGUGGAGUCCAACACGUCUACAUUUCUCAAGACCUUGCAGAAUGUGGAGUCUGGUCUCACAAAGCACAUCAUCUAUCUCACUCAAGUGUCCACAGUACAACCGCACGAGGGAUCGUGCUACGCGGCGCAGAAAGUGUUCCACAUGGCUCUGCACCGCUUGGAACACGCCCGGUCGCGCAUGAACGAGUUGGAACGAAUGAGGCUCGUUCACCAGCAACAGGACGCUAUGCAGCAACAGCAGCAGCAGCAACAAGAUCCCAACGUCUCAUCUGCUACAGCACCACCUUAGUUAGUCCCACCUUUAACGUGCCCAUGGAAACUGUCAAAGUGGAGAGAGGCAGCGUGGGCUGUGUUGUGUCUGACUUGUACAUUUGUAAAUAUUUAUGAGAAUAAAAGCGGAAACUACAGAAAAAUGAAAAGGAAAAAGAAACAGUGCCGUGGGGAACCGGAUACAUCUGUAAAGUGUGCAGGUCUGAAGCAAUGAUGUAUGUAUGUAGUGCUGGCGACACGGUUGUCUAAUUAUCGCCGAU